AUUGAUAAAACCCUAGCUGAGUUCUUCUUCAUUACUUCUUCACUAAUCGAGGAGGAAGCUAACUUGUGAUUUUUGAAGGUUAAGAUCCUGUGAAUCGGCCUCGAUUUGACGACGGUGGAUCAGGAGUAAGAAGAUAAAGGUUAUGGAAGAAGAUGCUUCAAAUUCAUGUGAUUCUGAAUACGAGGAUGAGUAUGUGUUGCUUGAUUUGGAUGAAGUUGCUGCGAAAGUUUGUAAUUUUCCCCCAGAUGCACCGUAUACUCUAUUAGGAUUAGACACAUUGCAUCCUGUGUUGAUUAUAGAUAACAAACUGAAGUUGGUUGGGGAAUACGAAGAAACAAUUGGAACGUGUGUCGUCUUUAAUGAAGAAAAAACAGAUUCAAAGGCAAGAGCAGUAACCCAAAAGAAAUUGGGGGCUUCUGGAGCUAAGAAUUCAAAGCAACCAGUGAUCAAGGAUGUUAGGCCUGUUGGGAGUCUCCAAAAGAUUCUAAAGUUUAGACUAGCCACAGAGAAUGAGAAUGAAGAAGAAGCAAAUAACACCCAUGGAAAAAAGCCAAGUUCAAAAAGUUAGCUAUAGAAGAGAACAUGUAUUUAUUUGAUUAACUUUAACACUAUCCUCAUUCCACCACAAUUGAUUGUAGAUGUUUAGCAAAAGAUGGAUAUAAUGAAAAGUGCAUCUCAAUUUCAUCACUCUCAUUUUGGAACAAAAAUUUCAGUUUCUUAUAAAGAUUAUUGAUUUAGUAUAAAUU